GCUGGCUUGUGCUCGCCUGGUAGUUCUCUUUACAACUUUUUUUUGUUCAAAUAAAAUUAUAAAUAAAUUACCUAACUAUGGCAAAAUUUCUAUCCGUUUUGAUCCAAUUAUUUUUAUUAAGCGGUUAUUACGCUGUACCAAUGGUGAAAGACAUUGAUAUUUCAUCACCAGACUUAGAAAACAAUAUUGAUGUUGUAGAUAAUGGCAUAGAUUUGUCGGAAAACAGUGUAGAUGAGGGUGGUGACAGCAUUAACUUGUCGCACCUGGGACCGGAGGCAUUUGGACCACCAAAGAACGAAAGUGGUGAUGCCCUAUCGGAGUGGAACGAAUCUUCUCUUAUGAACCCUGAGGAGACGGGCUCGUAUGCUGAGGGUGACAUCCUGAUACCGCCCGCGCUCGCCAGGAACGGCGUGCGCGACAAGAGCUCCUACUGGCCGAAGGGGAUCAUCCCCUACGUCAUCGAGGGAUAUUACAACCAGGAGCAACGAGACAUGAUCAAGAAAGCUAUCGCUGACUAUCACCGUCUGACCUGCCUUCGGUUCGUGCCUUACAGCGGACAGACGGACUACAUCACUAUCCGUAGCGCGAACACCGGCUGCUGGUCCAGUGUUGGCCGUAUUGGCGGCCGGCAAGAGGUGAACCUGCAAGCCCCCGGCUGCGUGUCCAAGAAGGGGACGGUACUGCAUGAGCUACUUCAUGCUGUCGGCUUCAUGCACGAGCAGAGCCGCCCGGAGAGGGACGAUUUUGUCAACGUCGUCUACAAUAAUAUCAAACCGGGCACAGAGAACAACUUCAGGAAGGCAGACGCGAAGAACACUAACGACUUCGGCGUCACUUAUGACUACAACAGCGUCAUGCAUUACUCCGAAUACGCUUUCUCCAGAAACAACAAGAAGACCAUAGAGCCAAAGAUGGGCGGCGUAAAACUCGGCCAGAGAGAGGGCCUGAGUAGGGGCGAUGUCAAAAAGAGAACCACAAGGCGGUUGGGUCGGAGGCAUUUUCCAGUCGCUGUUUGGAAACAAGAUAGCUAUGUAGUUAAGAUUCCUAAACGAAUCGAUAUGUGCACAUUUUCCAAAGAUCUGCUAGUUUUAUAACGUGUGACCUAGUCUUAUAACUUUUUUACAUUAUCUUACGAUUGCAAAUAAAUGAUUCUUAAUUAAA